AUGACUUUCGGGUUCACGCAGGUGGUGUCGCUCUGCUUCGCCUGCGUUCCAUUACGAGCCCUAUGGGACUUCUCAGUUCAGGGCAAAUGCUUCAAGUUGCUGGACUGGUGGUAUGCUGGAUCGGCGAUAAACUUGAUUACAGAUAUUAUCAUCUUCGUGAUGCCCGUUCCUCUCCUGAGGACGCUCGCCGUGCCAUUGAGACAAAAGAUUGUUCUCAUGGCGACGUUUGGUCUCGGCUUCUUCACGUGUGCGAUAUCUGUCAUACGACUUACAACGCUCAAACAAUCGGCGACAUCGACUGACCCAACGUACAAUACCGUCGUUGCCGGCAUAUGGUCGAUAACAGAACUGUGCUGUGCCAUCAUAUGCGUCUGCAUACCGACCCUGCGGCCGUUGCUGGGCACACAGAGCCUAAGCCCAGUGAUCAAACGGACUUACGUGCAGAGAAAUCUUGAAGACAGCGCAGACACGGAAUUGUAUACACAAUCUGAUGGCGCCACCACAUCACAGAAAAGGCGAUCCCGACCUGUUUCUCACGCGUCGCAGCACGCGAUCGAGGAUGUGGAGAGUCCUGGGGUCGUGGACGAGUACGCUAGGAGCUUGUCUGGGGUAACGAUACCGCCCGCGAUACACAUCGACGAGGCCCACGAAGCGCGGACGGAGCUUAGGACCCGGGAUACGUUCAAGACGCGAGAGGAGUUGAAGGCAGCCAUGACGAUGACCUUGCCAUUGACGAGGGUUGAUACCGAUGACGGCGUCGAGUUUCUCAUGCUCGAGGCGCCGGGGCACGAACCAGAGCUGCCUACGCCACUGAAGCCGCCACCGAGGCGGCAUACCGACAGGAGCAAUCGGCAGAGCCAGGGUGAUUAUUUUGGAGCUAUCGUGUGGGAGUCGUCGGGUGAACCGAAAGCCGAUGAUUCGACGGACCUGAGUCCCAAGGACAAGAAGGAUGGUCCGUCAUGA